CUUACAAAACAUUUUCAUUUCCAUCAUUUUCCCAUGUCCGCUCUACAUUUAUCGCACGCACACUUUUCCCACUCUCACAAACCUCAUCCGUAACCUCGUACUUUCUUUUAGCCUUUGGGUCCUUUUCGAGUCCAAUUCUUUUUAGUUUCAUUUAUUAGUGAGGAGCACACCGGCACCAUGUAUAGAUCUGCUUUGCGGUCAACGCCGCGCGCCGCAAACACUUUUAGACAUACGACGCUCUCGACUAGUGGGCGACGAUUUGCCUCGACGACACCUCCAGCUGGCCAGAAGCGAAGUUGGAAGAGCGCGGCUGUAAGGUGGGGUAUAGCUGUUGGUGCGGUAUAUUGGUACAGCACAAGUGCAGUCUUUGCAGAAGAGCCACUACCUAAAACAAUACCACCACCUCCCCAGUUCUCCGACGAAGAUCUCCCUACCGUAGAGGCCGUAGUCGCUCAAAAGCGUAGGGAGGCCGAAGCACGAUUACGAAAAGCCCCGUCAACCCCCGAACCGGCAACGGCAGGUCUCGCGUCAGAAAUUUCACCUUCAGCACCUGUUCGUGAUGUCGAGACACACGCGCAAGACCCCCCUCCGGAAGGAAGCCCCGAAGCGUUAGAGGAAGAGGCCGGUCAACAAGGCGCAUUCAAUCCUGAGACGGGCGAGAUUAAUUGGGAUUGCCCAUGCUUAGGUGGCAUGGCCCAUGGCCCUUGCGGCGAGGAGUUCAAGGCCGCGUUCAGCUGCUUUGUCUAUUCUAAGGAGGAGCCGAAAGGGAUGGACUGCAUCGACAAAUUCCAACACAUGCAAGAUUGCUUCCGACUUCACCCCGAGGUUUACGGGGAAGAGCUAGAUGAGGAUGAAACUUCCGCGGAGGGUACCCCCGAAGAUGGAGCAAAGACGUCGGUAGCUAAAACAACUACCACGGAGUAUAGCAACACCGUAUCAAGAUCAGAAGAAUCUCAAGAAGCAACGAAGGCCAUCUCUGAAGAAGCUAAGACGACAGGAGCAGGCGCAGACGCAGAGGUCGGGGCUGUCGCAAAAGAGACAGAAAAGCAGAAUAUUCCUCCGGUACAGCCUUAAAGACGACUAGGUAGAUAUCGAGGAAUUUGCAGGCGAUCAUCCGGGGCUCGCUUAACAAGGAAAAUCCCCGGAUCCGUGCAGAUGUGCCUCAGACUAUUAUUUGCGUUGGACCGUUGUCACAGCGCAAAACCCUUGUAUAUGUGUACUAAAUGUAUAUUAUGAAGCGCAUAAGGCAUGGCAAAAUAGACACUAACCAGCUCUUUACGAUAUCUCUAACCUGCCUUACCG